AUGGGGGGAGCUUAUUUUAAGUGUCAUAAUUAAGUUUAGGAGCCUUGUUUGGGCUCAUUCAGGUCUGAGAAUAAGGAAGGCUGGCUGCAUUUAGCUCUUUCUUUUUCCCUUUUCUUUUAAGAAAUUCUUCUGUAAGGGGUUGGCCGGACGCAUUUGCACAUCAAGCCUUGGAGAAUGAUGUUUUCUUUCAUAGUUUAAUAUUAGCAACUAUAUUUUUAACCGUUUCCACUGGAUUUGAUUAUUUGUGUGGAAAAUAUUCCCCCCCACCUUUUCCCUCUGUGCCGUUCGAUCACUCAAAUCUUUGUUCAUUGUUCACUGACUUUGGAAGAAGGCGCUUUAAGUGUAUAAAAAGAAGGGGGAGCCCUCCCCACCAUCUCCUGGCUGGUUUGAUGUUGAAAUAGUAAACCUGAAUGAGAGGGGGGUGGUGAUGGUGGUGGACAUUUGCAGCUUUAAUUAACUUCGAGAUGCUUCAACAAGGACCAGAGCGUUGCUGGUGACGUUGCUUCAUAAAUCUGCCCUGUGAAGGGUGUGUUGGAUAGAAGUAUUUACAAUAUCACCAUCUGAUUGAAUAUUCACUACCUAUCGGGGGAGCAGAUUUGCAUAAUUUGGAUUUUUUUUUCCAUUGAAAGAAACUUAUUUGCAAACCAAACCAAAACCUCUAGAAGUCCCCCAAACCCAGCUGCUUCGAUCUUCAUGAUUAUUCAGGGUUCAAACAUAACUGAAAAGUAUUGUUUUUGCAAUUCCUGACCUUCAGUACUUACCUCACAUCUCUGAGAAGAUCCCACAGCCAGGAGAAAUAUCUGUUGAUGUUGGACUAACCUGAUGGGAAAACUGAGGCAGAGUGAUUAAGCAACCUGCUUUAAGUUCUUGUCUGAACCAGGAUUUUCAUAGAUCACAUCUUUCCUCCUGAUCAUGUGUACAGACUACUAAGACCACAACUUUCUAUAUGUUCCAGGGAAGUGGGACGCCCCUUUGGCAAUCUGUCAGUGCCAGGCUCAGCUGCCUCCUCUCACUGAGUGAUUUCUAACCAGACUGACAGUCCUUAAAACAAGUAUGCAGUUAAGCUGCUAAGGGAUGGAGGAAGCUAGUUUGUGCCUUGGCGUUUCUUCAGCUGUGUCCGAAGCUGAUGCCCACCUCAACAGCUCCAUCCUCAAUGGCCAGUAUUCAAUGAGCCAGAAGCUCCACCAGAUCACAUCCCAGCUGAGCCAUGCAUUCCCAGAGCUUCAGAAUAGGCAGAACCCCGAUGAAAAGACAGCAACGCUCCUAGAAGACAAGAGCCACAUGUCCUUAGCAAACCAGCCCAUCAGCAGUCAGAUGGCCCUGUUAGCCAACCAGCUUAGCAGAGAGGUUGAUACUAGUCUGAACGGGCGGGUCGACUUGCAGCAGUUCUUGAACGGACAAAACUUAGGCAUCAUGUCCCAGAUGAGUGAUAUAGAGGACGAUGCCAGGAAGAACAGAAAAUACCCGUGUCCCCUAUGUGGGAAGCGUUUCCGUUUCAACAGCAUCCUGUCACUCCACAUGCGCACCCACACAGGGGAGAAGCCUUUCAAGUGCCCCUAUUGCGACCACAGAGCGGCUCAGAAGGGAAACUUGAAGAUCCACCUGCGCACUCACAAGCUCGGAAACCUCGGCAAAGGCCGCGGGAGGGUUCGAGAAGAAAACAGGCUCUUGCACGAGCUGGAAGAGAGGGCGAUACUGAGGGACAAGCAGAUGAAGAGCAGCCACCUGCAACCAAGGCCUGACGUCAAAGCACAUCCGCAUUCUCAGCCUAUGCCUCUGGCUAAUUGCAACCUGUCUGUGCCCACUAAUCACAACACCCCCGACAUUUCCAACCCUGUUCCCUCUCCAAAGCCAGCCAGCGUACAGGAAGAAGUGGUGGCAACCGCCGCUGGUUUUAGGUGCACUUUUUGCAAAGGAAAGUUUAAGAAGCGGGAGGAGCUUGACAGGCACAUCAGGAUCCUUCACAAGCCUUACAAGUGCACUUUGUGCGACUUUGCCGCGUCGCAGGAAGAGGAGCUGAUCAGUCACGUGGAGAAAGCGCACAUAACUGCUGAAUCGGCUCAGGGGCAGGGCUCGAAUGGGAGUGGAGAGCAGGCUGCGAAUGAGUUCCGGUGCGAGGUGUGUGGCCAAGUCUUCAGCCAAGCCUGGUUCCUUAAGGGCCACAUGAGGAAGCACAAGGAUUCAUUUGAGCACUGCUGCCAAAUCUGCGGGAGGCGCUUUAAAGAGCCCUGGUUCCUGAAGAACCACAUGAAGGUCCACCUGAACAAGCUGUCUGUGAAAAACAAAUCUCCCAAUGACUCAGAAGUCCCUGUGUCCAUCAGCAGCAUGUCACAGGAAGCUCACGCCAACUUGUACUCAAGGUACUUAUCCUGUUUGCAAAGCGGCUUCCUUCCUCCUGACAAAGCGGGUCUAAGUGAGCAGAAUCAGACUUACAACAAGGGGGACUUGCCCAUGAAAGAGAGGGAAAUGCUGGGCAAGCUUCUGUCCCCUAUUGCUGGCAUUGGCCAUAGCCUCACUGAUGGGGACAAGCAUUCUUUGUUGGGCUGUCUUAACCUCGUGCCUCCUCUCAAAUCCAGCUGUAUAGAAAGGCUCCAGGCUGCAGCCAAGGCAGCCGAGAUGGAUCCUGUAAACAGCUAUCAGGCUUGGCAGCUGAUGGCAAGAGGCAUGGCCAUGGAGCAUGGCUUUCUGUCUAAAGAGCACCAGAUCCAGCGAAGCCACGAAGACACUUUGACAAACGCCGGCGUUAUGUUUGAUAAGGAGAAGCGGGAGUAUGUGUUAGUAGGAGCAGAUGGCUCCAAGCAGAAAAUGCCUGCUGAUUUGGUUCACAGCACUAAAAUGGGCAAUCAGAGAGACUUGUCAAACAAACUAGACCCUUUGGAAGGCAGUAGAGAUUUUCUGUCUCACGGCAUGAACCAAGGGCUCGAUUUCAACAUGCAGAGCCACAGCAAUGUGAAAGAGAAGCCAACCGAGUGCCCCGACUGCGGCAGGGUUUUCAGAACAUACCACCAAGUCGUCGUUCAUUCCAGAGUCCACAAGAGAGACAGGAAGGUGGAAGAAGAGAUCCUUCAGGGGAGCAUCGAAGAGCGUCGUGGGUCAGGCAGUGACCAGGAGUCUCAGUCCGUCAGCCGGUCGACAACGCCUGGGUCCUCCAACAUUACUGAGGAAAGUGGAAUGGGUGGUGGCCUCUCUCAGACAGGAAGUGCCCAGGAAGACAGCCCACAUCCUUCUUCACCUUCUUCUUCAGAUAUCGGCGACGAAGCUGGGAGAUCUGCCGGAGUCCAGCAACCAGCUUUGCUGAGAGACAGGAGCCUUGGGUCUGCUAUGAAAGACUGCCCUUACUGUGGGAAAACUUUCAGGACAUCGCACCACUUAAAAGUUCACUUGAGGAUACAUACAGGUGAGAAACCUUACAAGUGUCCCCACUGUGAUUACGCUGGUACACAAUCUGCUUCACUCAAAUACCACUUGGAACGACAUCACCGGGAACGGCAGAAUGGCGCAGGACCACUUUCUGGACAGUCUCAAAGUCAAGAACAUAAGGAAGAGACAUCAAAUAAAGGAUCAAUGUUCAUUAGACCUGAAGUACUGAGAGGAGCCUUCAAGGGUCUUCCUGGAAUAGAUUUCCGGAGUAGCAUGGGAUCUCAACAAUGGUCACCAGGAAUGCUUUCCUCAGGAGAUCAUCCAGGUCAUUCAACUGGCAUGUCUUCAGAGGUUUCUUCAGACGGCAUCAAGGGGUCUGACAUAUCUUCCAAAGGGACACGCUUUUCUGAACUGGGCAGAGCUUACCAUAGUAUGGUUGGAAAUGGAGUGAACUUCCAAGGGUCGUUGCAAGCUUUUAUGGACAACUUUGUCCUCAGUUCCUUGAAGAAAGAAAAAGAAAUGAAGGAUAAAGUCCUGUCUGAUUGCAUUUCCACAAAGCCUCUGGCUUUAGAGAGUGGUGAGGAGAAAUCAUCUAAUAAGCAGAGAAAAACAGAAAAAUCACAGUAUGAGCCUCUUGACCUCUCUGUGAGACCAGAUGCAGCCAGUCUUCCAGGUUCAUCCGUUACAGUCCAAGACAAUAUUGCUUGGCAUGGCUGCUUGUUUUGUUCAUUCACGACAUCAUCGAUGGAAUUAAUGGCUCUUCAUCUCCAAGCCAAUCAUUUAGGCAAGGCAAAGCGUAAAGACAGUGUUUUAGGAUCAACUAGAAAUGGUAAAGACCCACCCAGGGAGGCCAUUGCUUCAGCAAAUAAAGCUAGCUUGCUGCUGACUUCCAUACAGUCCAACAAAGAUGUAGCUACUUCCAAUUUGAUUGGCCAGAUAGACCCGGCUUCUGAAAGAAUGAACCAAGGAUCCAAGGACUCUCCAGGAGAACAGAGGAACACCCCUUGGCCUGGUCACAUGGAUUCCACUUUCUAUAAUUUUGCAGCAGACUUCUACAAGCAAUUUGGUGUUUAUUCUGGAGUUGUUGGAGCACAAAAUGCUUGCACCGGUAACGAAUCUGACAUAAAAACACAAAGUGAAGAUGACCCAAACAUGCUGCUUUCUGACUCUGUAAAUAAAAGUGCUACUGACGACCUGUCAGACAUAGCUUCCUCUGAAGACAUGGAGUCCUCCAAGGAAGAAACCAUUGAUGAUGAGGACAUUGAAACAGAACCUGAUCUUACGAACAAACCAUUGUCCAAUCUGAGCAAAGAUGGUGCCGAUAGAGGGGACAACGUACAAGGCUCUGUUGCCUCAAAAGGACUCAUGCCGCCAUUGCCACCUUCCGAAAAGCAGUGGCACAGUCAGAAUCUCCUCGCCUCCCAUGAAGCUACACCAGGUGCCAUGAAGCCUGAACCAGCUCAGAGCCCACAGGUCCUGGAGAAGCAAGUCAACAUGUUGUCGGUCCUAAGAGCCUACAGCUCUGAUGGCUUAGCAGCCUUUAAUGGACUUGCAAGUAGCACAGGAAGUAGUGGAUGUAUCAAGAGACCUGACUUGUGUGGUCACCGGCCUUUCCAGUGCAGAUACUGCCCCUACAGUGCCUCUCAGAAGGGAAAUCUGAAGACCCACGUCCUUUGUGUCCAUCGCAUGCCUUUUGACAACAGCCAGUAUCCAGACCGCAGGUUCAAGCGCUCCAGAGUUGACGCCGAAGCUUCUGGGAAUUCCGAGGAACCUGGAGCUGUCAAACCUGGGAGCUCGACAGAGUUAACGGAGGAGGGCAGCCAGGCCCAGGAGUAAUGCCGCAGAACAAAUCAAUCUGUAUAUUGCAAUAUUAUUUUACACAGUUUUUUAGAUAUGCAUUUCGGGUAACACAGAGAGUUUGCUUAACUGCCUUCUGAGGAAAACAGAUUGUUCGCAAAUUCCCAGAAGCGUGCAGGAUGUUUAAGACAUUAAAGACAUACACACACACACACACAUUAAAAAGAGAAAGAGGGGAAAAACAACAACAACCAGCCCUUGAAAAUGGCUGUUAAACUGUUACCUGGCAACAAGUACUUCCAAACAAUGUAGGUGGAGAUAAAUCAAGUGGGUGUUGUUUUUUCUUCUUCUCCCCCCAAAUGUGUGCAGGUUGCAAGAUAUCUGUGUUUGUGUGUGUGUGUGUGUGUGUGUGUGUGUGUGUGUGUGUGUGUGUGAAAAAUACUGAAAUAAAGGGCGCAUUUCUAACACUAAAGUGGUCUUUAUCCAGAAAGAAUGCUCUUGCCAGAAUAUCUAUCUAUAUAUCUAUAUCUGUGAUACCAUCUUCCUGAUUUAAUGUUGCCUUGAAGAUUGUGGGAGUGGGGAAGUGUGUGUGUGUGGGGGGGGGGUGUUCCUGUGUUUUCAUUGUUGAAAACACCUUUUUAAUAUGACACCGACCGCUGCCAUUUGCCUAGCGUCGUAAUGAAACGUGUUGGUGGAGUGAGGUGGUGCCAGGCUGACUGGAGCUGUCCCUGCUGAGAAAAUCAAUCCAAGUGGUGCUCCAACUCUGCACUCUCAGAGAAAUUUUAGACGACCCGUAAGCUACAGUCAGUGCUGACCUGUAUUGAAAAGGAUUGUGCUGUUAACAUUUUAAUUUCUGAAAUAUAUAUAUAUAGAUAUAUAGAUAUACAUAUUAUAUAUAGCGAAAGACACACACAGAGAGAGACGGCCAAAUGAGUCAAGGAUUAGAGCAGAAAGGGGGAAUCUGCAGGCCAGCAAAACACUGCAGUUAAUUGUACAAUGUGUUUUUUCGGGGGGACUGUAUUUUUCUUUUUUUUUAGAUGGACUUGCAGUAUUGAGAGAAAUGUUGUUUUUUCCCCCUUCCUAUUUUGUUCCUUUUUAAUGAAGUAGGUUGCUAUAGAGAGAUUUAGAAAUACAAUACUGAAGGAGCGUGCUGGAUAGAGAAACUAGUUAGCCUUGUCUAGAGAAGAUACCAGUGCAAAAAAAGGAGAAAUAAUUAUUAUUCAAUAGAAAGUUGGUUUCAUUUCUUUUCUUUUCUGUUUUUUUUU